CCAUCCAUCCAUCCAUGCCACAGCCAUAGCCUCCUCUAUUCCACUUUUUCCACAGCCAAAGCUCUUUAUUCUAUGGCCAAAGCAACCACACGCAAAUAUGGAUGUUACAGGAACACCAAUGGAAUGCAGUGUAGAUACAUUGGAACAGCAGGUUUGUCAACUUCCUGGCAUGCCUCCCAAGAAGAUGCCUCGUACCGAUCUCAUUGAAUUGGCUCGGCAAAUUGAAACAGCAGAUGACUUCAUCAAGGCCAAUGUCUCCAACAAGCUCACUGUGAUAGCUGAGCAAGUACAGUUUCUCCAAAAGCAGGCACAGCACAUUCUUGAGGAGGCUCAGAUCAAUACAAGGCUUCACCAUGCCGCAUGCAACUUCAAGAAAGUGCCCGGGUCAAUCUACUACCUCUACAAGAGACAAAAUGGUCAAGAGUACUUCAGCAUGAUUAAGCCAGAGGAAUGGGGUCCCCGGUGUCCACACGAGUUCCUGGGGGGAUACAGAUUGGAGUCCGACCUCACUUGGACACCUACAGAAGCCAUAGAGAAGAAAAACCGGCAACUGGAGGCCAUCGGCCGCAUCACCCAGUUCUCGUGCUGGAAGCAGGAGCCCAUGGCCAUAGCAGAUGCAUUUGUGCAAAAGUAGCACAAGUCACAGCACCCUGGAAGCAGUUGUUAUCCAGGCAAUGAUUCUGAGCAUCAUCUGCAGUCAAGACUUGGCGCGAAACUUUCAUUUCACAAGAAAAAAUUGUUUCAUUGGACCAGGUGUAUGGGAAAGUACGCUCAAAACUUUGUAAAACAGAAUGGCUUUGGAACUGCUGGCUGUGGUCAUUCUUUACAAAUGAGGCGCAACAUAGGCCCCUGAAUGACAAGUCAGCAAUACCACAUUAGACUUUAACCUGCAAUCAUUUGACAAUUGUAGUUCAAUCAACAAGAAAAUGUUGCAGAUGGCUUUAAGCAAGCAGUUUACAGACCACAUGAGCUGCUCAGAAAACUUUAUCAUAGGUAGAGAAUGCAUUGUUAGCACUAACAAAUGCAGUUUCCAUUCGUGUGUGACCAUUGCAGUGUAUCUCUCAAUUUCAGCCUUUGUGCCAGGCCAUAAGGAAAUUGUUUCUUCCUGCCAUCCACUGGGAAAGCUUUCACUCCUAAUACAGCAAUGGUAAAUAACCAUGCACCAUCCUUCGCCAACUGAAAACUCUGUGUGCCCCUGGUGCCAUUAUAGACGAGUGGACAUUAAUCAUAUGAUAUGGGCCUGCCCAGCCGACCCCCCCGCUGCGAGAGCUCGAAAUUUUAAAUACGAAGGAUUGGGAGGCUGCCCUGCUCAACUUGCACCCAGACCAACAGCAUCGGGUUGUCUAGUGAGCUGAGGAGGUCGCCAGGGCCUGUGGGCUUCUGGCCGCUUAGUGACCUUUUGAUUCUUGUUGCCAACGAAGUUUUACAAACAUUACCUUGAAAAUGAACUGAAACAUGCCCUCAUUUUUGCCUGCUGUGAUAUUGUAAUACAAUACUACUGUAGCAGCCUUUGUCAUAAUUGUGCUCCUGAUUGCACUAGUCUACAAUACAAAAUUUCAAAUAGCUCAUGAGCUCAAGUUCACUACACCAUCAUAGUUUACAACCACUUUCCCUGGAGUGUGUCGAGGCUGUCUUUUGUGCAUUAAAUAAUGAAUUAGAUGAAACUCAUUGCCUGAACAAGGCUGCCUAGAUAAAAGAAAGCGAGUGCUUGAGCUUGUCGAUAGCAUUAGAAAAAGAAAAGGAAAAAAUACAAACUGGAGCUGACAAUAAAGAGACGUUGCAGCUGUGGUGUUCAUCUACGUCUGUGGUUUUUGCACUCUUAGUUUUAGCAUCCCCAAGAUACCUUGUCACUGUUAUGAGCUUAGUACGAAACGAACAGUGCACAUUUUUUCUCGUUUCAGUUCAGAAAUACAAUUUAUUUUCGGCAGUUUUCACAUUGGGCCCUUUCUUCAAACAGCCCAGCACGUCUUCAGAAAAAAAAAAAAGAAAGAAGGAAGAAAAAGGAUCAAAUGCUACACAAACUCAGCCAUUCCAACAAGCUGUCACAGAAAUUCAAGAACAAAACAAAGAUCUUUCAAGAGAUAUUGUGACACUUCUCUUUAUAUAAUGAACACAAAUAAAAUAUGAGUUGUACGGCAGUAAAACAGGCUGCAAGUGUUUAACUUGACACCCUAAAAUGUUUUAAGAGCAUACUUUUUUGCCACGUUCAUGGCAGAAUAUGUAUUUGUGUACAUACGAAAUCACAUACUUUCGAUGACUGUUAAUACAGAAAAAAGAGAAGGAAACAUAGGCAAGGGGUAGCCUGAAAGAGAAAAUUAUGCUGCACAACAAUAUGAGAUAAUAUAGUAUGGCAUCUCAAUACUAGACAACUGCACAGCUGCGAUCACCGAGUCGUGCCGUAGAUUAUGUUAAUAUGAUUUUAAUGAGGAGAUUACAGAACUUUGUUUUUAAGAACUCUCUGAGGGCCUAGCUUGUAUAUAUUGUGAAUGGUUGUGAUGCAAAAUGUAUAAAAAGAAAUUGAAACAA